AUCUGAUACGUGAGUUCAGAUCCAGGAAGUGAAAUGUUAUAUGGGUUAGUGGGAGCCACUCCUAAGCCUACUCCUCAGCACAAUUGGAAACGAAACUCAUCUCUUCAGCUCAGUCUGCUUGCGUUUCAAAAUGGCAGAAGCCAUGGACUCAAUCAGUUGUUCAAUCUGUUUGGAGAUACUGAAGGAUCCAGUGACUAUUCCCUGUGGACACAGCUACUGUAUGGACUGUAUUAAAUGCUUCUGGGAUCAGAAGCUUGUCUGCAGCUGCCCCCAGUGCAGACAGAUCUUCCCUACAAGGCCUGUUCUGAACAAAAACACUGUCAUUGCAGAAUUGGUGGAAACACUGACAGAAAUAAAUACGAAGAAGAUUCAGGAGGUGAGACUUGAGAUGAAGGUUGUGUCACCUCCUGAACCCAAUACCAGAGAGCAGUUCUUGAAAUAUUCCUGCCAGCUUACAUUGGACCCCAACACAGCUAAUAGAUAUCUGCGUCUCUCUGAGGGCAACAGGAAGGUGACCAGGAGUGAAAAUGCUGAGUCCUAUCUUCACCAUCCAGACAGAUUUAACUUCUACUGCCAGCUGUUGUGUAAAGAAGCUUUGUCUGGAACCUGCUACUGGGAGGUAGAAAGGAGUGGGAGCAAGUGUAAAGUUGCCGUGUCUUAUAAAGGGAUCUGCAGGAGAGGAGAUGGAGUGGAUGUUAGCUUUGGACGAAAUUAUCAGUCCUGGACUUUGGUCUGUGAUCCGUCUAUCUGCACUUUCAGGCACAAUAAUAUCAAUACUGAUAUCCCUACCCCCUGCUCCUCCAGAGUAGGAGUGUACCUGGACCACAAGGCAGGAACUCUGUCCUUCUACAGUGUCUCUGACAAGAUGACCCUCCUCCACAGAGUCCAGACCACAUUCACUCAGCCCCUCUACCCUGGAUUCUGGGUUGGUCCUGGUUAUGGAUCAUCUGUGAAGAUACUGACACCAAUAUAGUAAAUUAACAAAGUGAUCUACACUCAUUGACUUUCAGUGUGUUCAUAAGCAUCGUAAAAUCUUUUUCAGCCUGACACAAUAACAUAAUACCUUUAUGAAAACAGUAAUACAAUCUACUAGUGAGUGCACCCGUGCACUAUUCAGAGGAUGCAGUCCCUUUCAAUGAAAGGGAUUUAAUCUGUUAGACAUCAGCUUUGCACAAGCUCCAUUGACAAUGAACUGUUUGCAUUGUUUGUUGAAAUAAAUUCUAUGCAAUCUGA